UUCAAUAUUGCAAUAGAAACGCUGAUUUGUAAUUAUUAUUUCCAGAUCGAUCGAAACGGAGAUGGCCACAUCGACCUGAGGGAACUGAGAGAAGCACUAGAAUCAUGUGGGUUCAAAAUAGCCGGUUACCAAUCCCGGCUCAUCGAGGAAGAAUUCAAAAGUUCGAACAAAACCAAAAUCACCGGCAAACUGACAUUCGAAGAAUUCGAAAAACUUAUCUGUGAUCUCAAGGCUAAUGACAUAGCAAAUACAUUCCGAACGGCAGUGUCCAAAAGGGAGAAUCUGCAGCAUCUGGGAGGCACGUCGGAAGCUUCUAACGAAGGCACAACGCAUUCGGUGAGAGUCGAAGAACAGCUGGCCUUCUCGGAUUGGAUCAAUUCAAAUCUGCAACAUGACCCUGACUUGAAGAAGUUGUUGCCAAUCGAUUCGGAAGGCAAAAAUCUUUAUGACAGAGUCAAAGAUGGGAUUUUAUUGUGUAAAGUCAUAAACCACUCCUGUCCAGACACGAUCGACGAACGAGCAAUAAACAAAGAAAAGCUCACCCUCUACACCAGACUGGAGAACCUCACUCUAGCUCUGUCGUCAGCCUCCGCGAUCGGUUGCAACGUCAUCAACAUCGACGCUCACAACCUGUCCAAAGGCACCCCACACCUGGUGCUCGGCCUCCUCUGGCAGAUAAUCAGAAUAGGGCUAUUCAACCAGAUCACCCUAGAGCACUGUCCCGGCCUGACGACUCUGCUCACCGACGACGAGAAGAUAGACGACCUGAUGAAGCUCUCUCCCGAGGCGAUCCUGCUGCGCUGGGUGAACUAUCACCUGGAAAAGUCCGGGACCCACCGGCGCGUCACCAACUUCCAGAGCGAUAUUGUGGACUCAGAGGUUUACUCUCACCUGAUGAAGCAGAUCGCUCCCGCUGAUACUGACGUCAACACGGACGCUCUCUAUGAGAAGAACUUGCACAGCAGGGCGGAGAUUAUGCUGCAGCAGGCGUCGAAGCUGAAGUGCAGGGCGUUCGUGACGCCGCAGGACGUCGUCAACGGCGUCUACAAGCUCAAUUUGGCAUUCGUCGCUAAUCUGUUCAACAACCAUCCAGGGUUGGAGCAGACCAACGGAGCUAUUGAUGGGUAUGAGACUAUCGAAGAGACGAGAGAGGAAAGAACAUACAGAAACUGGAUGAACUCGAUGGGGGUCAGCCCCCACGUGAACUGGCUUUAUUCAGACCUUGCCGACGGUCUGGUAGUUUUCCAACUGUAUGACAUAAUCAAACCGGGCACUGUGAAAUGGAACCGGGUCCACCGUAAAUUCGCCAAUGAGCGCAAGAAGUUCAUGGAGAAGCUGGAAAACUGCAAUUAUGCCGUGGAGCUCGGCAAGGAGAUCAAAUUCUCAUUGGUCGGGAUCGGCGGACAGGAUUUGAACGAUGGAAACGUCACGCUAACGCUGGCUCUCAUCUGGCAGUUGAUGAGGGCUUACACUUUGUCUGUUUUGACUCAGCUGGCUGAGUCUGGCAGUCCGAUUGUGGAGAAGGAGAUUGUUACUUGGGUGAACAGCAAGCUGAGUCAAGCUGGAAAGAAGUCUUCCAUCCGCAAUUUCCAAGAUGCUUCCAUUUCUGACGGUAAAGUCGUGAUCGACCUCAUUGACGCUAUCAAACCCGGUGCUAUCAACUAUGAUUUGGUCAAACAAGGAUCUAGUGAAGAGGAAAAAUUAGCUAAUGCAAAAUACGCAAUAUCGAUGUCCCGUAAAGCUGGUGCUAGAGUAUACGCCUUGCCAGAGGAUAUCACAGAGGUGAAACCCAAGUUGGUGAUGACAGUUUUCGCCUGCUUGAUGGCACUCGACUAUGUUCCCAAUAUGGACAGUGCCCGACAGUAA